ACGACAAAUGAGAAGAGGCGUGUCUCCUCCCAAAGGUCUCAACAACACCUAUAAUAAGAGACCCAAGGGAGACUUAACAAUCCAUCAAAUUGUAGUUCGUAUCCUUAGAGAAUCUAAACAUCAUGGCUUCAUCAUCUUCUACGGCACCAUCAACGUUCGGUUUCUCCUCACCCGCAUCUACUUUUACCCCGUACAAUUAUGGGAUGGAACCUUUAAAUGGUACAAAUUUUUCAACAUGGAGAGAAUCUAUAAAACUCUCACUUGGCAUGAUGGACCUCGAUCAAGCACUGAGAAUGGAUCCACCAGGUGCUCCUAAUGAUGAAAGCACCGUGGAACAGAAGCGUUCUUAUGAACAGUGGGAGAGGUCCAACCGAAUGUGCCUCAUGGUGAUUAAGAAUUCCAUAUCUGUAGCUAUUCGUGGAGCCAUUCCCGACUCUGAAAAUGCGAAGACCUACCUAGAAUAUGUGGAAGAACACUUUAAGGGCACAUCUAAAGCACAUGCUAGUACCCUGAUUCUAAAAAUGUUGACUAAUAAGUACGAUGGAGUGAGUGGUAUUCGUGAGCACAUCAUGAAAAUGUCUGAUAUGUCCAACAAACUCAAAAGUAUGGACAUGGAGAUCAGUGAAGGUUUUCUCGUUCAUUUCAUAAUGACUUCUCUACCUGCGUCUUAUGGUCCGUUCAAGAUAAAUUACAACACGCAGAAAGAGAAGUGGACCAUGAGUGAGUUAAUUGCUAUGUGCGUUCAAGAAGAAGAGCGCCUAAAAGUUGAAAAACCAGAUGUUGCUCAUCUUACCAUCACAAACUCAAGAAAAAGGAAAGCCAACCGUCAAGGAGGAGGAAAAGGUAGCACUUCUAAGACCCCAAAGAUAGGUGCAAGCGUGAACUCCGGUCCCUACUGUAAGUUUUGCCGUGUCAAAGGGCAUUACCAGAGGGAGUGCCCUAAGUUUAAGGCAUGGCUGACUAAGAAAGGUAACUUAACCACUUAUGUAAUUUAUGAGUCAUUGAACACAUCAGUUCCCCUUAAUACUUGGUGGAUUGACUCUGGUUCAAUGGUUCAUGUUUCAAACACACUGCAGGGAUUCCAUUCAAUCCGGACAUUGGGAAGAAAGCAAAGAGUGAUUAAGGUGGGCAACGGAGAAGAAUUAGAAGUGGAGGCCAUUGGAACUAUCUCAUUAAUUUUAGAGAAUGGCUUCAUUCUUCAUCUUCAUGAUGCUCUUUAUGUACCUAAUAUUACUCGUAAUUUAGUGUCUGUAUCGAAACUAAGUGCUGAUGGUUUUACAUUUAAUUUCGUAUACAAUAAAGUGACAAUAAGCUUGAACUCAAAUGUAAUAGGAUUUGGUAGCAUGGAGGGAAACCUCUAUAAGUUAUGCUUAGACACUAAUUUUAUGGAAUCCCCAUUGUCAUUUAAUAUAACUGAAAA